UCGUGCCCAAAUUUGGAAAUCCCAGGAUCCUACAGUCAAGCUAUAACAUCUCUCGUUGAUCUGGCUACCCUAGACGAAGCUUGGGAUAUUUUUUCUUUGGUUGCUGAGAUGGCGCACUCGCUGAGAUAGAUUUAGCGAUUAUUAUGUUUUUAGUUAUAAGAUUUAUUCUUCUUGUUGUUUAACUCGUUGAACGGAAUAGACGUCCGCGUUUUUUAGACCGAUCGAUUCUGUCAAUAAGAAAUCAAUUUGUGUAAAAUCUUUAAGUUUUUCCCUUUUUUUAAUAAAACCAAGAAUUGUUUUCUUUCCGUGGCCGAAAAUAAAUGAUUUUUUAUUCAAACAUAAAAUUGCCUGGUGUCGCUGUGGUUGGUUCCAGUUGUACUUUACCGGUGUCUGACAUUUUUUUUUGAUUUGUUGUUGGGAUUUGCCCAAGUUUUGUAUCGGAACAAAACAUCGUCCUUCGAGCCGGAUUGUGAGUACGAGGAACAUCCUUUUUUACUUUUGUUGAAUAUUGGCGAAAAUCAGAAUCAUGGUUAAAGCUAAGAAAUACAAUGCCGAAAAUCGUGUGAACAAGAGACGUAUUGUUUGCCGAGUGUGUCUAAAGGAUCAUCCACUUCGGUUUUGUCGCAAGUUCCUGGAUAUGGAUUACGCCGAAAGAAUGAAGAUAAUCUCCAUUUAUCAGCAUUGUGCUGGUUGUCUGGCACACGAUCACACGUGGCGCACGUGUGAGAGCACCGGUAAGUGUAAGAAGUGUGGAGAUAUGCACCAUACCUUACUUCACAAACCUGGACCUCGUCCGUCUGGGGAUUUGGUGAAGAAGAGUUUUCCUGGGGACGGACCUAGUUCGUCCAAGUCCCAACCGAAGAAAGGGCCCCGCUCGUCUAACUCUUUUAAGGAACCAGAGCAUACCCAGAAUGGACCUAGUUCGUCCAAAACUGCGUCGCAUAACGGACCUCGUUCGUCCAACCAUGGAUUUAAAAAGGGACCUAGUUCGUCCUCGAAGAAAUCUUCUAGUGAAGUAGUGCCGUACGGUAGGCGACAGAAUAGUAGGAGGGAGACGUCGUAUGAAGUGAUUCCUACAUAUAGCUUACGAGAGACUAUCUUGUUGAGAGCGACAGCAGUGGUUAAAGUUAUUUGCGGAGAUCGUUAUUUGCAUGAAAGGGCCUUAAUUGACCCCAGUAGCGAGAGCUCUAUAAUAGCUGAUUCUUUGGUGAAGAAGAUGGGUCAAAAAGUUCUUCGAGUAGGAAAUAAAACCCGAUGCCUGCUCCAGCUUAGAGGCAAUCACGGGAUGUCGUCGACGGUGGAAACGUAUGCGGAAGUUCGUCGCAAUUACGCCGUGGUUACUCCGAAGAAGUCAGUGGAUGUUCGUCUUGUAGAGGAGUUCCCGGGGUUGCAGUUAGCUGACGAGCAUUUCCACACAUCGGGACCGGUUUAUCUGACGUUGGGUGGAGAUUUGUAUUCCAAAAUCAUUCGGAACGGGGUCAGCGGAGGUGCGCUUGGAAAACCGCUUGCGCAGUUUACUAUUUUUGGAUACGUUAUAUCCGGAACUUAUGCCUCAUAAAUUGCUGUAAGGCAUGAUGUAUAUUUGUUUUAACCAUGACACAACAUAAUGUGGAUAUCUAAUUACAGCUCUGAUCUCAUUGGAUUUUCUUUUUUUCUGUUAAAAUGAAUAUGAAUUUUUUAUUGGAUUUUACUUACAAUAUUUUUGAUGAAUAAGUUAUUUGUUUGUUGAAUUUUUUAUAACUUAAAGCUGAAUUGAGAUUAACAGCAAUGUGCAGAAUUUGCACUGUUCUCAACAACCGACUAAUUCUUUUUAUUUCUUUUAUUUUCUUAUCGUUUCAUGGUUUUCGAGCUAUUUUCAGAGCUUUCUAGUUCCGAAAGACUGAAAGGUGGCCGGGAUGUUCACGUUCGUGUCGUGCCCAAAUUUGGAAAUCCCAGGAUCCUACAGUCAAGCUAUAACAUCUCUCGUUGAUCUGGCUACCCUAGACGAAGCUUGGGAUAUUUUUUCUUUGGUUGCUGAGAUGGCGCACUCGCUGAGAUAGAUUUAGCGAUUAUUAUGUUUUUAGUUAUAAGAUUUAUUCUUCUUGUUGUUUAACUCGUUGAACGGAAUAGACGUCCGCGUUUUUUAGACCGAUCGAUUCUGUCAAUAAGAAAUCAAUUUGUGUAAAAUCUUUAAGUUUUUCCCUCUUUUUUAAUAAAACCAAGAAUUGUUUUCUUUCCGUGGCCGAAAAUAAAUGAUUUUUUAUUCAAACAUAAAAUUGCCUGGUGUCGCUGUGGUUGGUUCCAGU